CAUAAUGUGAAUCGCAUUAUAAUAAACUCUGUUACUGCCAACUUACUCAAAGAUAAAAACAUAGAAAUAAGCAUUGGGGAUAUCGGAUUUAACGUUGCAGAAAAUUAUGAGGAGAAUUUGACUAUUUCUAUAGCCAGUACUCAGUAGCCACCUGAAGAAAUCUAUCCUAUGUAUACGUUCCUGUUUUACAGCCUCCACCGCACCCCAAUUACACAAAGAGAUUAGAGAGAGAGAGCGCCGUCCCUAUCAGAUAAGAACCAAGGAGUCAUAUUCUUUGUGGUUCAUUUCUUCAUUAAUUUAUUAGAUAUACCCCGCCACUUAGCAUUCAUUUUCUCAUCUGUUAGAUUUUAUGAUAUUUGAAGCCGAAGGGUGUGCUGGGUUUCAUGAGAAAACAUGAAGUUCUGCAAGAAAUACCAGGAGUACAUGCAAGGCCAACAGAAAGAACUUCCUGGGGUUGGUUUAAAGAACCUUAAAAAGAUUUUGAAGAAAUGUAGGACAGACUUGGAAUCCCAUCAAGAACUUGAUGGGUCUCCCCCUGCUGCCCAACACUGUCCUCAUCAUUGUCCAGUGUGCGAUGGAACCUUCUUCCCUUCCCUUCUCAAGGAAAUGUCGGCAGUAGUUGGUUGCUUUAAUGAGAGAGCACAGAAAUUGCUUGAGCUGCACCUAGCUUCUGGCGUUCGAAAGUACUUUAUGUGGUUCAAAGGCAAGUUGAAAGGAAAUCAUGUUGCAUUGAUGCAAGAAGGCAAGGAUCUGGUUACCUAUGCACUUAUAAAUGCCAUCGCAGUACAAAAAAUCCUAAAGAAAUAUGAUAAGAUUCAUUACUCCAACCAAGGACAGGCCUUCAGGUCACAAGCCCGAAGUAUGCACAUUGAGAUUCUUCAGUCUCCAUGGCUCUGUGAGCUUAUGGCUUUCCACAUCAACUUAAGGAAAACAAAGAUCAAGUCAAAGAAGAAGGUCCCCGCCUUGUUUGAGGGGUGCUCACUAACAUUUGAUGAUGAUGACAAACCAUCACUCUCUUGUGAGCUCUUUGAUUCUGUCAAGCUCGAUAUUGAUUUGACUUGUUCAAUAUGCUUGGAUACAGUAUUUGAUCCAGUUUCUCUCACAUGUGGCCAUAUAUUCUGCCAUAUGUGCGCUUGCUCCGCUGCUUCAGUGAGUAUUGUUGAUGGCCUAAAAUCUGCAGAGCCCAAAGAAAAAUGCCCUUUAUGCCGGCAGGCUGGAGUUUAUGAAGGUGCUGUGCACUUGGAAGAGCUUAAUAUUUUAUUAAGUCAAAGUUGCAGUAAGUAUUGGGAGGAGCGGAUGCAGUCAGAAAGGGUGGAGAGGGUUCGACAGGCAAAGCAGCAUUGGGAAUACCAGUGUCAGGCAUUCGUGGGUAUCUAGAAUAGAUACUUUGGUAUUGGUACUAGAGAUUUAGACUCGAUUACUGUCUUCAUAACUUCUCAUAAAAGGUCGAGCUUUAGUAUGUGUGUGUAGAUGUGCUCUUUGGUACAUUGCUUGAUUUAGACUAAAUUUUGUAUAUAGCUCUCUGUAUAAAUGUUGAUCUGGCUUGUAGAGAAA